AUGUCAUUUAAAGAUAAAGAUCUACAUAGCCAAAAAGAAAUUGACGCCAAAUUUUUUAUAAAAACGCAAGACAUUACUGCCGAGGCUUGCGGAGUAUCGAAACGCUCCAUUCAACGUAUUUGCUCCGAAGUGAAGAAAAAUGAUCAAUUACCUGAGACGGGCCCUUCUUUUUCAUCUCCACGUAAAUCAUACAAGCGGGCAAAAUAUGUCUCAGAGUUGGAUGAUUUCAACAGUGAUGUUGUUAGGAGGACAGUUCAUGAAUUUUACGACAGAAGUGAGUAUCCUACAUCAGAAUUAAUACUUAAUGCCGUCAAGAGCAAAAUUAAUUACUCGGGAAGUUUAAGUUCAAUUCAAAGACUCCUUAGGAAUUUAAAAUUUUCUUAUAAAAAAUGUAGCGAUGGUCGUAAAUUUUUGAUGGAGCGUAACGAUAUUGUUGCGCUUAGAUGUAAAUUUUUGAGACAAAUUUGUACAAUCCGCCAAAAUAAAGAUACACGACCAAUUGUAUAUCUUGAUGAAACCUGGGUCAAUCAAAAUCAUUCGCGGAUCAUUGCAUGGCAACAUGAUAGUAUGGUGGGUCCGAAAAUCCCUAUUGGAAAAGGUGGACGCCUUAUUGUUGUUCAUGCAGGAUGUGCCAAAUAUGGGUUCAUUCAGAAUUCAAAAUUAGUUUUCCGCAGUAAUACUGGCAAUUCUACGGAUUACCACAGCCAAAUGAAUUCUGAAGUAUUCAAAUCUUGGUUCACCCAAAUGCUGAACAGCCUUGAAGAACCGUCCGUGAUAGUUAUGGAUAAUGCAUCUUAUCAUUCAACCCUCAUCGAUAACUUUCCCAAAAGUAAUACGCGAAAAGCAGAUGUGCAGGCUUGGUUGACCAAAAAAAAUGUCUAUUUUUCACCAUUAGAAAAUUUAGCUGAACUUAGACAGAAAGUUAAAGCGUUAAUACCAUUUGAAAAAAAAUAUGAAUUGGAUGUAUUGGCAUUGGAAAUGGGCCACGAAGUUAUUCGACUUCCACCGUACCAUUGCCAAUACAAUCCAAUUGAGCUGAUAUGGGCCCAGGUAAAAAAUCAAGUGGCGACAAAAAAUAAAACAUGCAAAAUGGUCGAUAUAGAAAAGUUGACUCACGAAGCAUUGGAUUCGGUAACUCAACAUGAUUGGGAGAAGUGCGUGAGACAUGCAGAAGCAUUGCAAGAUCAAGACAACGAAAAAGAAAUUAUGAGAGACAGUAUGUUGGAGCCAAUCAUAUUGACUUUGUUACCUGAUGACAGCGAUUGGGGGGAGUCCAGUGACGAAGAAGGAAAUUCGGAAUAA